AAAUUAUUGUGCACUUAAAAAGCUUUUAGUUUUGAUAAUAUAUUGGGAUUUCAAGAUAGUGCCUCGGCGACCUGGUGUUGCAAUACUUUUGACCUGGUAGUUUAGUUACCAGGUGAGUGAAUUGAUCAGUGGGAAAGCCUGCCUUGCUCAUAUGUGAGAGCUUGCAUUCACCCAAUUCAUCAGAACAACGCGGCUUUGCGGUGUGCCGCUCCCACACUCUACAUUGUUCUCAUUCCUUCUAUCCUUUCGGUUCAUACGCAAGCUCAGUCACCUUAACCCACACAAGCCAAUCGACUUUGACUACACCGCAAGCCCAUCAUGAAGUCUGCAAACCCGCGUCCGAAAGCGAAGCCUGAUGAGCACCUUGUGUUCCUGUAUCAUACAACUACUUCGCAGAUCGAUUUCAAUGCCGUCGCUGCUGCUUCGAACAUCAACGUCCCAGCCGCGCGUAUGCGUUGGGCUCGCUUGAAAGCCAGAAUCGAGAAAGAAAUGGCCGAAGGCUCUGGCAAUCCCAACGCGGGUGAACCGUCUGCCGCGUCUACGCCUACCGCUUCUCCCGCGAAGACAGCCUCACCUGCGAAGAAACGCUGUGUGAAGCGCAACAAGAGCCAAAGUGGACCUGAAGAGGAUGGCGUCGCUGAGAACAACGAGAGCAACCCUGCUGCGGAGGCAAGUUAGGUCAAGCUCAAGGGUCUUCCCAUGUUGAUAAUCGGGGCGAGCAUGGUCGAAGGAGCUAUGAGGUGUCAAGCUUGGAGAUAUGACGGGUAGUUGGUGAACAUGCUGCUUUUUGGAUCAAGCGAGACGAAAUUAUGGGGAGUGAGGCUGUGAAAGCGGGCAGUGUUUCUGAAUGGUCUCGAUGGGGCUUAGAUAGCUGAAGCAGAGAAUUGAAGACUUUGGUGAACCGCGUGGUGUAUGCGUAUGCAAGCAACGUAGGCCUGUUGAUAAAGUAGACUGAUGUCUUUGAUAGCUCAGAGAUCGGCUUUCGAUUAACCCAAGUCAUCCUUGCGUUCCAUGGCUGAGACUAAUGACCGUUAAUAUGUCAUAUGCACGGUUCAGCCAGCCUUUGCCGAAACGAUGAUGCACGACAGCAGUAGUGUCUCAGAGGUGAUUCAGAGCUGAGCACAUCGAAAGCGUCAUUCGUUGGCUGUCAAGUGUGAUAUCUGCCAGCCAAGGUUCCAAUCACAUGGGAACUAGCCGCAUGGGGGAUGAUCGAAAGACGCUAAUCGAGAUAGCUUGAUUGUGGCGAGUCAUGGACAAUGGUACUAUUCAUAUCUUGAUCAGGAUUAUGAUAGCAAACGUCCCGUUCGGUAGGAAGUCACGCUUCACAGAUCAUAAUCCUUCGAUGAACGGGUUGCGUUCUGGACCCGCAGGGAUCAACAGAAGGUGCCGUGCU